AUGCAGAAAACUUGCAUCAGAUUAAUUGUUGGAGCGUUCAAAGCAGACCAGUCAAUUGAGGGCUCUCUACCUAUCGUUGGGCCGGACUUGUCAUGUUGCAUGAAAGGAUCCACUCCCGAAAUUUGCAUAGAGGGAAAGUGUCGAGUGUUCAGGCUACUGUGGAAGUGA